CGUAGUGGCACGAAUUACAACAAAAAGGGAGAACGCACGAGGAAAAUCAGACAGUUCCAGUUCCAGUGGUAUUAAGUGCUACAGAUGUGAUUAUCGAGGACAUGCACAAUCAGACGAGAAGUGUCCGGCUAGAAACAAGGAGUGUACGAAGUGCUGUAAAAAGGGUCAUUUCGCAGCGAUGUGCAGAACAUAUCGAGAUCGAGCAGACAAACAUGGCGACGGUUCGGACAAGCGAGACAAGAAGGAAGCUAAGACGAACAGCAGCGCCAACAAGGAGGAAAGAAAGUCAACUACGGUGAAGCAGCUAGAUGGCGACGCCGCUGACAGAGACGACGACGAAUAUGCGUUCGCCUUAAGAGAUAAGAUAUAUGUAUUAGAACACGGAGAGGUAAUAUCAGCGACUGUAAGGGGAAUAGAAAUCGAUCUUUUAGUUGAUUCGGGAUCUCGAUGUAAUAUUAUGGACGAAAAUACAUGGGAAUCAUUAAAGUCAAAAGUAAUAAGUAGUUUUCGAAAAAAUGUGUUCGCCGUCAAUGAAAUAUUAUGAGUGGAUGGUAGAAUGUGCAAAUGUUAUAAAUUCAAGAAAUUCAGAAAUUCAAAAAAGACGUAUAGCAGCAGCAUUUGCCGUGAUAGCUGCAAUUGAAGAAAAUAAAAGGAGGAAAUAUAAAAACAAGAAAUACUGGGUUGCAGAGAUUUUUGAGAAUCGUGCAGUGCAUGGAUUUUACCACGCGAUAUUUCCUAUUUUGCGUUUAGA